AGGAGCUGCGGCGGGGGAUCGGCAGCCGGAGCUGCCGCAGUCUGCGGGCAGAGAGCGCCCCGCCGCUGCUAUGUCCCACUCGGUGGUCCUGCGUGGCCCUUCGCCGUGGGGUUUUCGCUUGGUGGGCGGUAAAGAUUUCAGCGCCCCGCUGACCAUCUCCAGGGUUAACCCUGGCAGUAAAGCAGCCAUGGCGGACUUGUGCCCAGGAGACAUUAUUCUGGCAAUUAAUGGAGAGGACACGGACAACAUGACACAUCUAGAAGCACAAAAUAAGAUCAAAGCAUGUGUGGACCAGCUGCUGCUCUCUGUGAACAGAUUGGACCCUUGA